AUGGUGCCAGAUUCUGCAAGUAGGAAAGGAAGUCGUGUGGCAGUUGUUUAUCCUGAAGUCAUGUGGGAAGGUGGAUUUAUCACGUUUGUUACUGUCUUGCUGGCCAUGCAGGUGUGCGUAUCAGGAAUAAUAACGUCGCAUGUUUAGGCGUUAUGUGCAGUAGUUUCUCUUUCGAGUACCGCAUACCUAAUAAAACAUUACAACACUGGAGAUUACAAUGCUUCGACUGGAGCUAUUAGAUGGGCUGAAUACUUUAUUCCAUUAUCGGCUGUUUGGUAUACAGCAAUGGCUUCGGUCUGGAUUGUAUCAAUUGGUUUGUCCGCGUCCAUUAUUUGUUUCCGUACAAGGCUCUCAAUUGUGCCAAACAUCGUGGUUCUGACCCUUGGAAUGAUUUUGAACAUGUUAGUCAUUGGUAAGACGGAUUUAAGGCUGAGAUAUUAGUAGGAGUUUCGCUUGGAUAUAUUCUGGACAUGGGUGAGAAUAUUAGAACCAACUCAAAAGGAAAGAUCACCAUCAUUUACAACACCGGUUUAUUGGUUAUUGUUUUGGCAGUGAUGGUAAUAAGUGCGAUUUCUCUUUGCUUUGUCAAACCAGACCCGCCAGUUGUCAAACAAAGGAUUCAGGUAAAUAGAAAUCAACAUCAGCCAAACUUCAGGUCAUGGAUAUAAUCCCAGAAGCGCCCGAAGUCCCAAUACAAGUUGAGAAACCCCCAGAUAUCGGACCAGAAGAACGAAGUCAACAGUUAAAUCGUUUUUAUGAGAGCGAGAUAAUCAACAAUGUAUAG